UGUUUGUUAAUUGUUGGUCAUCAUCAUCCACUCCACACAAAGCAAAACCCUAAUCUUCACCUUUAAUAUCUUUCACUUUGAGCAGCUGCUUAUCAAGCUUGCGAAAAUGGAGAUAGAAGUGGCCAGUAGCAGUGGCAAUAAUAAUCUUAACAAGCAGAGAAAUGGCGCUGGAAACGAUGGCAGUUUGCAUAGGGAGAAGUCUGUGUCUUUUGAGAGAGUUCAAAGAGGGACGUAUUUGGUUUGGGAAGAUCUAAACGUUAUGCUUCCGAAUUUCGGAAACAAACCAACCAAAAGUUUGCUUCAAGGACUCUAUGGCUAUGCUGAGCCUGGAAGAAUCAUGGCAAUCAUGGGUCCUUCUGGCUCUGGAAAAUCCACACUUCUUGAUUCACUUGCAGGUAGACUCGCUAGAAAUGUGAUCAUGACUGGAAAUGUUCUUUUCAACGGGAAGAAAAGAAGAUUGGAGAGCGGUGAUUGUGCUUAUGUGACCCAAGAGGAUGUGUUGCUAGGGACUCUGACAGUCAAAGAAACGUUAACAUACUCAGCCUAUUUGAGGCUUCCAAGUAACAUGAGCAAAGAAGAGAUCAGUAACUAUGUAGAUGGCACAAUUAUGGAGCUUGGUCUCCAGGAUUGCGCUGAUAGGGCGAUCGGAAACUGGCACUUGAGAGGCAUAAGUGGCGGCGAGAAAAAGAGACUAAGCAUUGCUCUUGAGAUCCUGACUAGGCCUGUCUUAUUGUUCCUUGAUGAACCUACUAGUGGCCUUGACAGUGCCUCAGCUUUCUUUGUGAUUCAAACUCUCCGAAACAUCGCGCGCGAUGGAAGAACUGUUAUCUCUUCGAUUCACCAGCCGAGUAGUGAAGUUUUUGCUCUCUUUGAUGACCUUUUCUUACUGUCUAGCGGCGAAACCGUCUACUUUGGAGAAGCUAAGUCAGCUGUUGAGUUCUUUGCUGAAGCUGGAUUUCCAUGCCCGAGUCGCAGGAAUCCUUCGGAUCACUUCCUGCGCUGCAUAAAUUCCGAUUUCGAUGCUGUAACAGCAACAUUGAAAGGAUCUCAAAGAAUUCGAGAUGUCCCAACUUCUGCAGACCCUUUCAUGAAUAUGGCAACAGCAGAGAUCAGAGCAAGGCUUGUCGAAAAAUACAGGCGCUCGAACUAUGUCAAAAGAGCAAGAGCUAGGAUUCAAGAAAUAUCAGCAACUAAAGGGCUUGAUAUGGAAGCAAAAACAACAAGUGAAGCAAGCUGGUGGAAGCAACUUACAACAUUGACUAGAAGAUCAUUGGUGAACAUGUCUAGAGAUGUGGGAUAUUACUGGGCACGAAUAGCAAUCUAUUUAGUUGUAUCCAUUUGUGUUGGCACUAUAUUUUUCGAUGUUGGCUAUAGCUACACAGCAAUCUUGGCCAGGGUAUCUUGUGGAGCAUUUAUCACAGGAUUUAUGACAUUUAUGUCUAUUGGUGGCUUCCCAUCCUUCAUAGAGGAAAUGAAGGUUUUCUAUAAAGAAAGACUUAAUGGGUAUUAUGGGGUGGCAGUUUUUAUCCUAUCAAACUUCCUCUCUUCUUUCCCCUUUUUGAUAUCAAUUGCACUAAUGAGUGGGACAAUAACUUUCUUCAUGGUGAAAUUUCGGUCCGGAUUUUCUCAUUUCGUGUUCUUCGUUCUCAAUAUUUUCUUCUGCAUCACUGUUAUAGAGAGUCUGAUGAUGGUAGUGGCUUCAUUGGUCCCUAAUUUCUUGAUGGGAGUUGUUGUUGGCGCCGGAAUCCUCGGAAUCAUAAUGAUGACCUCUGGUUUCUUCCGGCUUUUGCCCGAUAUCCCCAAGCCAUUUUGGCGCUACCCCAUUUCUUAUCUCAGCUAUGGCGCCUGGGCAAUUCAGGGUGCAUACAAGAAUGAUUUCAUUGGCCUCGAGUUUGAUCCAAUGUUCCCUGGUAGCCCAAGACUGAAGGGAGAAGAGAUCAUCAGAACGAUUUUUGGUGUAUCAGUUGAUCGUUCCAAGUGGUGGGAUCUAUCAGCCAUUGUGCUUAUUCUCGUAUGCUAUCGAGUUCUCUUCUUCAUCAUUCUCAAGUUCAAGGAAAAAGCCUCGCCAUUGUUUCAGAAUCUUUAUGCCAAGAAAACUAUUCAGCACCUCCAUAAAAGACCUUCCUUCAGUUCGCCAUCUUUCUCUUCAAAGAGGCACCAACCCCUCCAUCCACUCUCCUCUCAAGAGGGUCUGAACUCUCCACUCAACUAGGAGUUAAUCGUGCUGUGAUUGUCGUUGUAGUUUCGUGUUGUUUAUGUAGCUUGAAGUUCUUGCUUAUACAGUAUAGAACACAAUACUGAAUUUCUGAUUAAGUUUUAUACACAGGGAAACGUUUUAUUUUU